GAACACCACACCACACCACACCACAGCCAGCCUCCACUCCACGCCUCACCUCGCUCCCUCGCCACGACUAUCCGCCAGCCAAUGUCGGCUCCGGCCACCGCGAUACGCCGCGCAGCCCGCCCCCUCUCCUCGUGAGAUCACCGCGCCGCUCCCCGCUCCCUCCGCCACGCGCCGCCCGCCCGCCCGCCCCCUCCAAUCGCGCGCCCUCGCGCCCGCAUCUCGUGCCUCCCCGACGUUCCUCGACGCCUCCCGGCGCCCUUCUCCGCACGGAAUCCCAGUGCCCCGUGCGCCCUUCGCCGCCCGCGGGAUCCGCGAGGGGUAUCGCCGUUCGGGGGGCGCGGGGACAAUGGCGGCAGCGGCGCCACCGCUCUGCGCGUGGCUCGUCGCCGCGGGCGCGCACGCGGACUGCGGGGCGGACGAGCACCAGCAUCGCCGGACGCAGUGCCUCGACGCCGGCUCCGGCGCGAUGUUCGGCCUCGACCGCCGCCCCCUCGGGGCGCGGCGCCGUGGGCCCGCGCGCUCUGGAAUGGCCAUGUCUGUUGCCUUGCAGCCUGAAAGGAUAACUGUCGAGAAGAAGAGACCUGAUGUUAAACAAAGGAGAGUCGUUGUCACUGGCAUGGGUGUAGUGACGCCACUGGGUCAUGAUCCUGAUGUGUUUUACACCAACCUUCUUGACGGUCAUAGUGGAAUAAGCGAGAUUGAAACGUUUGACUGCUCCAAGUUCCCCACGAGAAUUGCAGGAGAGAUAAAAUCCUUCUCUACAGAAGGUUGGGUUGUACCCAAGCUAUCUAAGCGAAUGGACAAGUUCAUGCUGUAUUUGAUAACUGCUGGUAAGAAAGCAUUGGAAAAUGGUGGACUCACCGAAGAAGUAAGGAACGAGUUGGAUAAAACCAGAUGUGGGGUUCUCAUUGGCUCUGCGAUGGGCGGCAUGAAGGUAUUUAAUGAUGCAAUUGAAGCGUUAAGGGUUUCUUACAGGAAAAUGAACCCGUUUUGUGUUCCCUUUGCUACUACUAAUAUGGGUUCUGCAAUACUUGCAAUGGAUCUGGGCUGGAUGGGACCAAAUUACUCUAUUUCCACUGCAUGUGCCACCAGUAACUUUUGUAUCCUCAACGCAGCAAACCAUAUCAGAAGAGGGGAAGCUGAUGUCAUGCUUUGUGGUGGUUCUGAUGCGCCACUCAUCCCAAUUGGGUUGGGAGGUUUUGUUGCCUGCAGAGCUCUUUCACAGAGGAACAGUGACCCAACAAAAGCUUCCCGGCCCUGGGAUAUGGACCGUGAUGGUUUUGUUAUGGGAGAAGGGGCAGGUGUGCUAGUAUUGGAAGAACUUGAGCAUGCUAAGCAAAGAGGUGCAACAAUAUAUGCUGAAUUUCUUGGUGGAAGCUUCACAUGCGAUGCUUACCAUAUGACUGAGCCGCAUCCUGAAGGAACGGGGAUCACUCUCUGCAUUGAGAAGGCACUGGCUGAUUCAGGGGUAGCAAGGGAAGAAAUCAACUAUGUGAAUGCGCAUGCAACAUCCACACAAUCAGGCGAUUUGAAGGAGUAUGAAGCCAUUGUUCGUUGCUUUGGCCAGAACCCUCAGCUGAGGGUGAACUCAACAAAAUCAAUGACUGGGCAUCUUAUAGGAGCAGCUGGUGGAAUAGAAGCUGUUGCUUGUGUACAAGCUAUAAGAACUGGUUGGGUCCAUCCAAAUCUGAAUUUGGAGAACCCAGAAAAAGUAGUGGACGUGGGCGUGUUGGUGGGAUCAGAGAAGGAGAGAUGCGAAGUAAAGGUGGCGCUGUCAAACUCAUUUGGAUUUGGUGGGCAUAACUCAUCAAUUCUGUUUGCCCCCUUCAAGUAAAACUCAAGACGGUGAUCUGUUUACUUCAUUGUCGUGCGAUUAUGGAAUGGAACUGGAACUGCAUAUACAAGACUAGUGGAGUAGCUAGGCGGCUUCUUUGAAUAUUACAUGGAGGUCUGAGCUGAGAAGAUCAUCGUAUUACUUACAUUCGAGCUAAGAAAGCGUCGAGGCCUCACAAGCCCCCAGCCAUGUUCAUAUUUGUCGCCAUCGCAUCGCAGGCACAUCCCCUGUCAAGGGUCCAGUAUUCCUUUCGCAAGCGAAGAAUCAUGUGGUGUAGCCUAUGGCCUAUGUUUAUUGUUAUUCAGUACAGUAUUGUUGGAUAAUCCACCUCCCCUAUGACUUACUUGCCCUUCCUGCGCCGGUUAGUUUUCGCCUUGGCCGUCUGCUGCCCCUCAUGGGUGCUCUUUCCUAGAUUUGGUGACGAGAGACCCUUGCAGAGGUGCUGCUGCUGGGAUUUGCUGUUGUAUUUGAUGUUCUAGUAACCGUGGUUCGUGUAAGCAUGUCUGGACUUGGCAGGUCUGCUCCUCCCUUCCUUGAUUUAUUAUUAUACACUUAUUUUCCAUGUGA